ACAAUCGAUAGUUCCGCAGCUGCUGUGUUGGGCCGGCAAAUUGUUUAACUUGCUAAAUUGUUUAAUAAUGUUUUAAUUAGUUGCAACAGCGAUCAAACCAGACAACCGCAAUGUUUUCCAUGUGCAAGCAGACGCACGCCGCCACGGCGCUGGAGUUUUCGAUAGCGUGCCGCUUCUUCAACAACCUGGAGGAGAACCUGGUGGUGGCAGGCGCCAAUGUGCUGAAGGUGUACCGGGUGGCGCCCAACGUGGAGGCGGGCCAGCGGCAGAAGCUAAAUCCCAGCGAGAUGCGGCUGGCGCCCAAGAUGAGGCUGGAGUGCCUGGCCACCUACAACCUGUACGGUAACGUGAUGUCGCUGCAGUGCGUCUCCUUGGCGGGAGCCAUGCGGGAUGCCCUGCUGAUCAGCUUCAAGGACGCCAAGUUGUCCGUGCUGCAGCACGAUCCGGACACGUAUGCCCUGAAGACCCUCUCGCUUCACUACUUCGAGGAGGAUGAUAUUCGUGGCGGCUGGACGGGGCGGUACUUUGUGCCCACAGUGCGCGUGGAUCCGGAUUCCAGGUGCGCUGUCAUGUUGGUUUAUGGCAAGCGACUGGUGGUACUGCCCUUUCGCAAGGACAACAGCCUGGACGAGAUCGAGCUGGCGGAUGUGAAGCCAAUCAAAAAGGCUCCCACAGCCAUGGUCAGCAGGACGCCCAUUAUGGCCUCAUAUUUGAUAGCACUGCGGGAUCUGGACGAGAAGAUCGACAAUGUGCUGGACAUACAAUUCCUGCACGGCUACUACGAGCCCACGCUGCUCAUUCUCUACGAGCCGGUGCGCACCUGUCCGGGAAGGAUCAAGGUGCGCUCGGACACCUGUGUUCUGGUGGCCAUUUCGUUGAAUAUCCAGCAGCGAGUGCAUCCGAUUAUCUGGACGGUCAACAGUUUGCCCUUCGACUGUUUGCAGGUUUAUCCCAUUCAGAAGCCUAUUGGUGGCUGUCUGGUGAUGACCGUCAAUGCCGUGAUAUAUCUAAACCAAAGUGUUCCUCCAUAUGGCGUCAGUUUAAACAGUUCGGCUGACAACAGCACGGCGUUCCCGCUGAAGCCGCAGGAUGGAGUGCGGAUCAGUUUGGACUGCGCGAACUUCGCGUUCAUUGAUGUGGACAAGCUCGUGAUCUCGCUGCGUACUGGCGAUCUCUACGUGCUCACUCUUUGCGUUGACUCGAUGAGGACAGUGAGGAACUUCCAUUUCCACAAAGCAGCUGCCAGUGUGUUGACCAGUUGCAUUUGCGUCCUGCACUCCGAGUACAUCUUCUUGGGAUCACGUCUCGGAAAUUCCCUGCUACUGCACUUCACAGAGGAGGAUCAGAGCACGGUGAUUACCUUGGAUGAUGUGGAGCAGCAGGCGGAGCAGCAGCAGCGCAAUCUGCAGGACGAAGAACAGAAUGCAGAGGAGAUUUUCGAUGUUGACCAAAUGGAAGUGGUACCACCCCAGGCUAAAUCGCGUCGCAUUGAGGAUGAAGAGCUGGAGGUGUACGGUUUGGGGGCCAAGGCAUCGGUUCUUCAGCUGCGCAAGUUCGUGUUUGAGGUGUGCGACAGUCUAAUAAACGUGGCGCCCAUCAACUAUAUGUGCGCCGGGGAAAGAGUGGAAUUUGAAGAGGAUGGGGCCACAUUGCGACCACAUGCGGAAUCUCUGCAGGAUCUCAAGAUCGAGCUGGUUGCUGCCACGGGUCAUAGCAAAAACGGAGCUCUGUCGGUGUUCGUAAACUGCAUCAAUCCGCAGAUCAUCACAAGCUUUGAGCUUGACGGUUGCCUCGAUGUGUGGACCGUGUUUGAUGAUGCCACCAAAAAGACCUCCCGGCACGAUCAGCACGAUUUUAUGUUGCUUUCACAAAGGAACUCCACUUUGGUUUUGCAAACAGGACAGGAAAUCAACGAAAUUGAAAAUACGGGAUUCACUGUUAACCAGCCGACCAUAUUUGUCGGUAAUCUUGGACAGCAGCGUUUUAUUGUCCAGGUCACCACUCGUCACGUCAGGUUACUGCAAGGAACUCGUCUGAUCCAGAAUGUGCCCAUCGAUGUCGGCUCGCCAGUGGUGCAGGUGUCUAUAGCAGAUCCGUACGUUUGCCUGCGUGUGCUAAAUGGUCAGGUAAUCACAUUGGCGCUGCGAGAAACUCGUGGAACUCCGCGACUGGCUAUCAAUAAGCACACGAUCAGUAGUUCCCCCGCCGUGGUUGCCAUCUCCGCGUAUAAAGAUUUAUCAGGACUAUUCACAGUCAAGGGAGAUGACAUCAAUCUCACGGGAAGCUCAAGUAGUGGAUUUGGCCACAGUUUUGGGGGCUACAUGAAGGCGGAGCCCAACAUGAAGGUGGAGGACGAAGAGGAUCUGCUCUACGGCGAUGCUGGAAGUGCUUUCAAGAUGAAUAGCAUGGCGGAUUUGGCCAAGCAAUCCAAACAGAAGAACUCCGACUGGUGGCGACGUCUCCUCGUGCAAGCUAAGCCCAGCUAUUGGUUGGUCGUGGCACGUCAGAGUGGAACCUUGGAGAUCUACUCUAUGCCGGACAUGAAGCUGGUGUAUCUCGUAAACGAUGUGGGCAAUGGAGCCGUGGUCCUCACGGACGCCAUGGAAUUUGUACCCAUUUCGCUGACCACGCAAGAGAACUCCAAGGCGGGCAUCGUCCAAGCUUGUAUGCCGCAACAUGCCAAUUCUCCACUGCCGCUGGAGUUGAGCGUCAUAGGUUUGGGUCUCAACGGAGAAAGACCUCUACUCAUGGUAAGAACUCGAGUGGAGCUGCUUAUAUACCAGGUUUUCCGAUACCCCAAGGGUCAUCUGAAGAUUCGAUUCCGCAAGCUGGAGCAACUGAAUCUGUUGGACGAACAGCCGUCGCACAUUGAUUUGGACGAGAACGAAGAGCAGGAGGUGACAGAAUCCUACCAAAUGCAACCGAAGUAUGUCCAAAAACUGCGGCCUUUUGCCAACGUAGGAGGACUUUCUGGCAUAAUGGUGUGUGGUGUCAAUCCCUGCUUUGUCUUUCUAACAUCCCGCGGAGAACUUCGCAUACAUCGGCUGCUGGGGAACGGCGAUGUGCGUAGCUUUGCCGCCUUUAACAAUGUGAAUAUACCCAAUGGAUUCCUGUACUUUGACACCACCUAUGAGCUAAAGAUCUCUGUGCUGCCCAGCUACCUGAGUUACGACUCUACGUGGCCGGUGAGAAAGGUUCCACUGAGAUGUACACCAAGACAACUUGUGUACCACCGCGAGAACCGGGUUUACUGUUUGAUAACACAAACGGAGGAGCCGAUGACCAAAUACUAUCGGUUCAAUGGAGAGGAUAAAGAGCUUUCAGAGGAAAGCCGUGGCGAGCGGUUUAUCUACCCCAUUGGCUCGCAGUUUCAAAUGGUUUUGAUAUCGCCGGAAACCUGGGAAAUUGUGCCGGAUGCAUCGAUAUCCUUUGAGCCCUGGGAGCACGUCACCGCUUUUAAGAUCGUAAAGCUGUCUUACGAAGGUACUAGAUCAGGUCUCAAGGAAUACCUGUGCAUUGGCACUAACUUUAACUACAGUGAGGAUAUUACCAGCAGAGGCAAUAUACAUAUUUAUGACAUCAUCGAGGUGGUUCCUGAGCCCGGAAAACCCAUGACCAAGUUUAAGCUGAAAGAAGUGUUUAAAAAGGAGCAGAAAGGACCCGUUUCGGCCAUUUCCGAUGUGCUUGGCUUCCUGGUCACUGGGUUGGGACAAAAGAUCUACAUUUGGCAGCUACGGGACGGAGAUCUCAUCGGCGUGGCUUUUAUAGAUACAAAUAUCUAUGUGCACCAGAUUAUCACCGUGAAGUCUCUGAUUUUCAUCGCAGACGUAUACAAAUCUAUAAGUUUGCUGCGCUUCCAGGAGGAGUAUCGCACAUUGUCGCUGGCAUCGCGAGACUUCAAUCCUCUGGAGGUCUAUGGCAUAGAAUUCAUGGUGGACAACUCGAAUCUGGGUUUCCUGGUGACCGAUGCAGAGCGCAAUUUGAUUGUCUACAUGUACCAGCCAGAGGCCAGGGAGUCACUCGGUGGCCAGAAACUACUUCGCAAGGCGGACUACCACCUGGGCCAGGUGGUGAACACCAUGUUCCGCGUGCAGUGCCAUCAAAAGGGACUCCAUCAGCGUCAACCUUUUCUAUACGAAAACAAGCACUUCGUAGUUUAUGGAACCCUAGAUGGAGCUCUGGGGUACUGCCUGCCACUUCCCGAGAAAGUCUACAGGAGAUUCCUCAUGUUGCAGAACGUCCUGCUCUCUUACCAGGAUCACCUCUGCGGCCUCAAUCCCAAGGAAUAUCGCACUCUCAAAUCCUUCAAGAAGCAGGGUAUUAACCCCUCACGCUGCGUCAUCGACGGAGAUUUGAUUUGGUCAUACCGCCUAAUGGCCAAUUCGGAGCGCAAUGAGGUGGCAAAGAAGAUUGGCACGCGGACGGAGGAGAUCCUGGCCGAUUUGCUGGAAAUCGAAAGAUUGGCUAGCGUUUUCUAGACAUCCUAUCGCGUCACAGAUGUAAAGUUUUAGUUGGUAAUUUUAUAUUGGUAGUUUACUUUAUAUGUUACGAGUUUCUCAAUUGUAAUUCUAGUUUUGUAAUCCAAUCGAAGCCACAACAUAGUAUUUUGUUAAGUAAACCUGUAGCUUGUUAUGAUUUCGUAGGGCUGAAUAAUAAUUUUUUGGGCAAACAGUAAUCUUCCCUAUAUUUACCAAGUUUAAAUAUGGUAAUAAUAAAAAUAAGAAAAUCGAA